AUGACCUCACCGUUUGGGAAUAUAUCUCCAUUGAUAAUAAAUGAUAAUACACAAGUAUUACCUAAUAUAGUAUCAUCAUCAACAGUAAUUAAUCCAUUAUUAACAAGUUCAGAUUCAUCAUCGAUUCUUUUGGAAUCACUUCCACCAUGUCUAGCUGCUCCAGUUGGAUGGCAGAGUGAAAUUAUUCAUGGACAAACAUCUAUAUCACCAUAUAAUGAAAUUGAUACAAAUAAUAUUCUUAUUAAUAAUACCACCCAAGAUUAUUAUACAACAAAUACUAUUAUUAAUAAUCCUGAACAAGAUUAUUGUACAACAAAUACAAGUAAUAUUCUUCUUAAUAAUACAAAUGAUAUUCUUCUUAAUAAUUAUCAAGAAGUUUAUGAUACAAAUAAUAUUACAACAAUACCAACAAAUAUAACAAGUCAUCAGAAUGAAUAUAUAAAUUUAUCAUCAGUUAAUAAUGCAAUAAACCAACAACAAACAAUAUUAACUGAACAACAAAAUAUAAUAAAUAAUAAUGUUAAACUAAAUGAUCAACCACCAAUUAUUAUUCGUAAAAAAAUAACAAAUCCUGUUACAUAUAAACAAAAUGUAACCAUAAGAUAUUUAAAACCACCUACACCACCACCACCGGGACCACUUAUUAUUCGUGAAGUUCGUCCACCACCACCACCUCCACAAUCACCUAUUCAAAUUCGACAACGUCCUCCACCAUGUCCUACACCACCACCAAUAAUACUUCGAGAACGACCUCCUCCAAUACCACCACGAAUUCCCGCAACAGUUGUUGAAAAAGUAAUACCUACACCACGACCACGACGUCGUAUUGUAGUCGAACGUUAUCCGCCAUGUCCACCUAAACCAUCGGAUGUUAUUAUUGAACGUUGGUUACCAUAUAAACAAACGAAUCAACGACCUAUACUUGUCGAACGAGCACCACCACCUUGCAUACCACUACAAGAACCGAAUCUACUUGUUUUACAUGAUGCACCUCAAGCACGUAUUUGUAAAGAAUUUAUAAAUGAAGGAGUUAUUCGAGCUGAUCCUCGGUCUUAUCUUCAACGAUAUGGUGCUGAGAUUAAUAUAUCGAAUACGAGUCCACUACAUUCAUAUCUAGUUAAUGAAGCAAGUCGUGUGGUUCCACCACCACCACUACCAGUAACAUCUAUUAGUAGUCGUUAUCGAGAUGAUAGUUAUGAUCCUUAUUGUGAUGGAUACCGACGUGCUCCAUCUCCUCCUAUACUUCGUACAUGGGAAAGAACGAGACGUGAACCAUCAUUAACUCGUUCUUCAUCUUAUUUAUGUGAUUACUCAGACUAUGAUUCACCUUAUAGGUAUUGUACACAAUCCUCACGUAAAUAUGAAUAUGAUCCUUGUCGUUAUUAUGAUGAUUAUUGUGAAGGUCGAAGAAGCUAUACAACAAUGAGAGAUGUAACAUCUUCAUGGAAUCGUUAUUGUAAUUCAUCACCUUAUGAUCCAUGUUUAUCAUCUUAUUAUCCAAGUUCACCAUCUUAUUAUAGAAGUUCAUCAUGUUAUACACCUCGAACAAUUCGUGUUUGUUCUGAUGAUGAACUUCGUGAUGUUCUCUGCGAUCUAACCAAUGGUCAUGUACCACCUGAACUUCGUACAUAUUAA